AUGACCUCUACGAUGACCAAUGGCGGCCAUGCGCCUACCAGUAGUUCGGGUACAGGAAAGGCGCCAUACCGUCAUAUAGAGGACUUGGUAUCUGUUGGUGUGGACCUUGACCCCCAUACUCCGUUACGGAAAGUCCUCGAGCUUGGCGAUGCCCAUAUGCGACAGGCGAUGACAUACAACGAUUUUAGACGCCCCGAUUUAGCAUUGCAAGAGUAUAUUAAGGCAUUUACCAUCGCUGUCGAUAAAGUGCCCAGACACAAAGAUUAUCCCUCCAUGAGAUCUGACUCAGGGCAUCUGAACCGUUUAUACAAUGCCCUCAAGACGAAAAUCACGACCAAUGGCGCUACCUUUGAUAAGAUCAAGGAGGAUAUUAAGGAAGACAACCGACGAAGCGGUGUAGAGCCAACAAUAUCUCCAAAAACAUCCAAUGGACACACCCGUACGAUAUCAGCUAAUGCGCCUUCGAUACUGUCACGGGCUCAGGUAAAUGGAUCCACGGAUAUUAAAAGGAAUGGGUCUAAAAAUGAAUUCGAAACUACAAGCAAAGGCGGGAAUACAGGCGACUCUGGCACAAAUUCUAGAGCGGAAAAAAGAGAAAAACCUCCGGUACAGCCCAAACCGCAAGCAUUACAUGGAAACGCUAUCAACCAGGUCUCAAAGACAUCUUCGGGAGACUUAGCCAGUCGAUUUGCGCGUUUACGCGACUCACAAAAGCCGGGGAACACUUCAAAAUUGCCGUCGGUAGAUACAUCUAUGCCAGCAAUGCCAAAACUUCCAGAAGCAAUAUAUAGUCCUGCAAGAGGUACCGUGACCAGUGAGAUUGCCAACCUUCCAUCUAGCACUCCUCGCGGUAUGUUCAGCAGGACAAACUCGAUCACCUCGACUCCUAGCAUCUCUGCUCGCAACUCUACGGAAAACGCCAUCAUGGCCUUUAGCAGGGAGCAGUUCGCUACGGCUCAGUCAUAUCACACCUCACAAUCGCCAGCGAACGCAACACAAGUUAAAAUUCCACAAGGAGAGACCAUCUCGGCUGCCACCCUUGCAAAUCUGAUGAUCAAAGAUAUUGAAAUCUUGAUUAUCGAUAUACGCGAUCGUCAAUCCUUCGACGAGGGGCAUAUCAGAUCCCCUAGGACGAUUUGUGUCGAGCCCGAGAUUCUCAUGCGAGAGAACAUAUCCGCGGAUGAGAUCGCCGACAGUAUGGUGCUAGCCCCUUCAAACGAGAAACUUGCGAUCGAGCAACGCGACAGGGCCGAUUUAGUAGUUUUUUAUGACCAAGAUAGUGUCUCUAUGCCGAAUAGGAUAACAGGAGAUUCCUCAGAAAUGAUCCUGCACAAUCUACGGCAAGCUUUGUCACAUUAUAGCUAUAGUAGACCACUCAAGAAUAGCCCGAAAUUGUUGAAAGGUGGUCUAGCCUCUUGGCUAAACGAAUUCGGGGAGAUAUCUCUCGAGACUUCUGACACUGCACCAAAGCAUAUGCCUCUAAGCGCAACUUCUACGCCCAGGAGCCGAGGCGGAGGACGGUAUAGAACCAAGACCAAGACCCUCACUCAAGAUGAGGUCAAUCAGUUUGAGCAUAUGAUCCAAGAAGAUAAAACGGGAAUCUCCGAAUUUGACUAUAUAAAAAACAGAGAUGAUUUCAUUCGCCGCUAUCCCAGCAUAGGAGGUAUUCCAGAAUCGAUGACCACGCCUGCUAAUGAGGAAAUUCUCAGGCAGCAAGAGGAGUUUCUCACCGGUAUAGCCCCAGCUCCACCUAGGCGGCCAGCGCCCGCUAUCCCUAGAACCAGAUAUAGUGGUUUGGACUCUAGAGACGACGACUCGGAUGUUGGUGCUUUCGCCAUGGUUACCAGCGCAGCCGGAAAUAGGGGCGAUCUCGGUACGGCACCAUGCACCGGACUUUACAAUAGCGGAACUGCUUGUUAUUGCAAUUCUACCAUGCAAGUAUUUGUCAACUCGCCUGGUUUCAUCGAUGAGCUAUUAGAACCUACUUGGCCUGAGGCCUGGCGAGGACGCGAUGAUAAUGAACCAACCCGCCCGCAACUAUUGGCCAAGAUAUUGAAGAAUCUUUUGCAGUGGAUGCACAAGGGGCAAUUUAAAGUGAUGAGGUGUUCGACACUCAUGCAAUAUUUGUCCUCCAUCCAUGAAGGUCAUAUAGAUCCACACACCCAUCAAGUGGAUAGGCUAGGCGAUCGACAUCAGCACGACGUCGACGAAUUUUGUAAUUUUAUCUUUGAUCAACUAAGCUACGAGACCAACAUGACCGCUUCCAUGCCGAAACCUCAGAUCAACAUACCGAACGGGGCUAGUCGGAUUGCCCGCGAGAUAGCCCAAGGCAUUUGGAAUACCAUUUUAGUCCAAAGAAAAAUCACUUUCAUCGAUAGGCACUUUUUAAUCAACGUCUUACAGGUCAGACAGUGCGUAAAAUGCCAAGAUUCAAAUUACUCUAUCGACACAGGUCACACUAUCUAUUUAACACCCCAAGACCCUUCGAAGCGAUAUAGAUUACAGGAUAUGUGGGACAAUGUAAACAAUGAGAAAUCUACCUCGGGUCGAUGUGAAAAAUGCGGGGCGGAUGAUGCCUUAAAUUUUCAAUAUCGAAACGUAACCUUCCCUCCUCUAUUGCGUAUAUAUAUCAGAAGAUACAGGGGUGCUGUUAACGACAGAAAGGAGAAGAUUCCGGUAGAGUUCCCAUUCUCCAUGAACUUAUCGAGAUUCAGUUGCUCGGAGGACAUCAGGAAAGAAGUCGCCAACAUAUUGCCUGCACCACAUAACCAGAACGCCCUUGCCCCUCUUGACUACGACCUCUACAGCAUACAGAGCCAUACAGGCGCGACCGUCACUUCAGGCCAUUACUGGACCCUCGGCAGAACGCAGGACAAAGAUAAAUGGAUCUAUUUCAACGAUGCCAACGUCAGCUACCUCACCGGGAACGCGUGGCAGAGGAUGUUGACGCAAGUAUACGAGUGCACGAACGACGUCACACCAGUCCAGUUAUUUUACAAGCGCAGGGACGUACCUUUUCCAUGGGAGAGGAACAAUAGAUAG